CCAGGUCAAAGUUUGCAAAUUUCAAUGAGAUAUAUUAUAAAAUUUAAAAGAUUCAUCGACAAGUUACCAGGAAAGCGAAUAUUCGGUAACUACCGAUUUCUGCCAAUAUUUUUUGUUUUUGGAGCUGCCUUGGAAUAUACUAUGAUACAUUGGCAUGUAGGAGAGGUUAACUUUUACAAGACAUACAAACGUCGAAGAGUGGAGGAACUGGCAGAGGAGAGAUUGCAACGAGAAGUCUGACAACUUGACCGCACAAACUUUUUGUCAGAAUAU